GUGACCACGGACCAAGCAGUCUCUAAUGGACAGGCAAAGCCAACCUCCGCUCUCCCAGGAAAGAAGAAAUGCUCAUCUGAAAUAACCCACCUUUCUGGAGACUUCAAACUGACCAAGCAUUGAAAAGAUCUGCAAGAACACAGGAAGAAAACAGGUUCCCUGUGCCUCUGGCCUCCCUCUUGGACACAAAGGGUGUAUGAAGGCUGCUCCAAUAUGUCAGAGACUUCCUCCCUCGACUCUUUCUAUGAUUCCUUAUCAGACAUGCAGGAAGAAAGCAAGAAUGCUGACUUCUCCCCGGGRCUGUCUGCUUUUCUCAGCCAGGAAGAGAUUAACAAGAGCCUUGACCUGGCCCGGAGAGCCAUAGCCGACUCUGAGACAGAAGAUUUCGACUCAGAAAAGGAGAUCUCGAGAAUUUUCAACACCUCUCCUGUAAGCCUCUGUGAAAAUCCUCCCCACAAGGAGACCAAAUCGGGGGAGCAGAUCUCCUCGGGAAAAGCCCAGGAGAACAGAUCAACACCCGUCCAGCCCCUGGCAGAAGAACCAACUGAGACUGUCACCUCACCUGCUUGCAGGAGGAAGCCCACCAUGUCACCCCUGCUUGCCCGCCCCAGCUAUAUCCGGAGCCUCAGAAAGGCCGAGAAGCGAGGUGCGAAGACCCCCAGCACAAAUGCAAAGCCCAAACCCGCACAUCAAAGUAAGGCUGGGCCCCAGAGYCAGCUGUGCGACAAGGCGGCUAACUUCAUAGAAGAGCUGACAUCCAUAUUCAGAGAAGCGGCAAAGCCAAAGAACAGAAGCCCCAACGGGGAGUCCUCCUCGCCAGACAGUGGGUACCUGUCUCCUAAAAAUCAGCCAUCKGCGCUGAUGAGCGCCUCAGCCAGCCAGAGCCCCACCGAAGACCAACAGGAGGUGGUCAAGUUCCCAGAGGCCAGCCACGGCCACCAGGCAGACCAGGACCUGGACCUGCCGUCCAGCACCAUCUCUCACCCACAGCCCCCAAAGGCACUCCUCUUCCCCACUGUGCCCCGGUUCAUCCAAAAGCUGAGGAGCCAAGAAGUGGCAGAAGGAAGUAGAGUUUAUUUGGAAUGCAGAGUCACUGGAAACCCAACUCCUCGAGUCAGAUGGUUCUGUGAGGGGAGAGAGCUACACAACACGCCUGACAUUCAGAUCCACUGUGAGGGCGGGGACCUUCACACUCUGACCAUACCAGAGGCCUUUGAGGACGACACAGGCCGCUAUACCUGUCUGGCUACCAACCCCAGCGGCUCAGACACAACAUCUGCAGAGGUAUUCAUUGAAGGAGCCAGUUCCACAGAUUCUGACAGUGAAAGUUUAGCUUUCAAGUCAAAAGCUGGAGCUAUGCCACAAGCUCAAAAGAAAACAACUUCUGUGUCCUUGACAAUAGGAUCAUCAUCUCCAAAGACAGGAGUGACUACAGCUGUGAUUCAGCCAUUGUCUGUCCCAGUUCAACAGGUUCACAGCCCCACUUCAUAUCUCUGCCGACCUGAUGGAACCACCGCAGCCUGCUUUCCUCCUGUUUUUACGAAGGAACUGCAAAACACAGCAGCCUCAGAGGGCCAGGUGGUGGUCCUGGAGUGCAGGGUCCGGGGAGCACCCCCGCUCCAGGUCCAGUGGUUCCGGCAGGGAAGUGAAAUCCAAGACUCUCCAGAUUUCAGAAUUCUACAGAAAAAACCUAGAUCGACAGCUGAACCUGAGGAGAUUUGCACCCUGGUUAUCGCUGAGACUUUCCCUGAAGACGCAGGGAUUUUCACCUGCUCUGCAAGAAAUGAUUAUGGAUUAGUGACCAGCACUGCCCAGCUAGUUGUCACCUCAGCCAACACUGAAAACUGUAGUUACGACUCAAUGGGCGAAUCCAACAACAGUCACUUCCAACACUUUCCACCUCCCCCUCCCAUCUUGGAGAAGAGUUCCUUUGAGUUGGCUUCGAAGAAACCAUCCGAGAUCCCGCAGGUGAACAGCCCUGCCUUAGGACUUAGCAUGGCAGCCCUUCAAAUGCAAUUCGGUUCUGCGGAGAGGGAAACCAACGGAGUCCAUCCCAGCCAUGGAGUAAAUGGACUGAUUAACGGCAAAGCUAACGGUAAUAAAUCUCUUCCGACACCAGCUGGCCUGAUUUCGCCCACAAAGGAGCCACCACCUCUGCUUGCCAAACCCAAACUGGACCCUCUGAAAAUCCAGCAACUCCAGAACCAAAUCCGCCUGGAGCAGGAGGCGGGCGCCCUGCGCAGCGCGCCCCCUUCGCCGCCCUUCCCGCCGCCGCCCGCCCUCCCCGAGCUCGCGGCCUGCGCGUCGCCCGCCUCCCCGGAGCCCAUGAGCGCGCUGACCUCCCGCUCCGCCUCCACCAUGCAGUCCUCCGGCUCCUUCAACUACGCGCGCCCCAAGCAGUUCAUCGCCGCGCAGAACCUCGGGCCCGCGUCCGGCCACGGCACGCCGGCCUCCAGCCCCAGCUCCUCCAGCCUGCCGUCGCCCCUGUCCCCCACGCUGAAGCAGUUCGGCCGCGCGCCCGUGCCGCCCUUCGCGCAGCCCUUCGGGGCCGAGGCCGAGGCCUCGUGGUGCCCGUCUUCCCCGUCGCCCCCGCCGCCGCCGCCCCCGGUCUUCAGCCCCACCAGCGCCUUCCCGGUGCCCGACGUGUUCCCGCUGCCGCCGCCGCCGCCGCCCCCGCUCCCGAGCUCGGCUCCGGCUUCGCACUGCGCCUCGCCCACGGCCCGCUUCGGCCACAGCCAGACGCCGGCGGCCUUCCUCAGCUCCCUGCUGCCCUCGCAGCCACCACCCGUGGCCGUCAACGCCUUGGGGCUGCCCAAGGGCGUCACCCCCGCGGGAUUUCCAAAGAAGGCCAGUAGAACUGCUAGAAUAGCCUCUGAUGAGGAGAUUCAAGGCACAAAGGAUGCCGUCAUUCAAGAUCUGGAACGAAAACUUCGCUUCAAGGAGGACAUCCUGAACAAUGGCCAGCCGAGAUUAACUUAUGAAGAAAGAAUGGCCCGUCGACUACUAGGUGCCGAGAGUGCGACUGUCUUUAAUAUUCAGGAGCCAGAAGAAGAAAUGACUAAUCAGGAUGUUGGGUCUCCUCAUGCCUCUGUAGGGAGUUCUGUGGAUGGUCAAAAGGAAUACAAAGUCUCCAGCUGUGAACAGAGACUCAUAAGUGAAAUAGAGUACAGGCUAGAAAGGUCUCCUGUGGAUGAAUCAGGUGAUGACAUUCAGUAUGGGGAUGUACCUGUGGAAAAUGGAAUGGCACCAUUCUUCGAGAUGAAGCUGAAACAUUAUAAGAUCUUUGAGGGAAUGCCUGUGACUUUCACAUGUAGAGUGGCUGGAAAUCCAAAGCCUAAGAUCUAUUGGUUUAAAGAUGGGAAACAGAUCUCUCCAAAGAGUGAUCACUACACCAUUCAAAGAGAUCUUGAUGGGACCUGCUCUCUCCACACCUCAGCCUCCACCUUAGACGAUGAUGGAAAUUUUACAAUUAUGGCUGCCAACCCUCAGGGCCGCGUCAGUUGUACUGGACGGCUGAUGGUACAGGCUGUCAACCAAAGAGGUCGCAGUCCCCGCUCUCCUUCAGGCCAUCCUCAUGUCAGAAGGCCUCGCUCUAGAUCAAGAGACAGUGGAGAUGAAAAUGAACCAAUUCAGGAGCGAUUCUUCAGACCUCACUUCUUACAGGCUCCUGGAGAUCUAACUGUUCAAGAAGGAAAGCUCUGCAGAAUGGAUUGUAAAGUCAGUGGGUUACCAACCCCAGAUCUAAGCUGGCAACUAGAUGGAAAGCCAAUUCGCCCCGACAGUGCACACAAGAUGCUUGUUCGUGAAAAUGGGGUGCACUCUCUGAUCAUAGAGCCAGUCACAUCCCGAGAUGCCGGCAUCUACACGUGUAUAGCCACCAACCGAGCAGGACAGAACUCAUUCAGCCUGGAGCUUGUGGUUGCUGCUAAAGAAGCACACAAACCUCCUGUGUUCCUUGAGAAGCUGCAAAAUACAGGAGUUGCUGAUGGGUACCCAGUACGGCUCGAAUGCCGCGUCUCAGGAGUACCACCACCUCAAAUAUUUUGGAAGAAAGAAAAUGAAUCACUCACCCAUAGCACAGAUCGAGUGAGCAUGCACCAGGAUAAUCAUGGAUACAUCUGCCUGCUCAUUCAGGGAGCCACAAAAGAAGAUGCUGGGUGGUAUACUGUAUCAGCCAAGAAUGACGCAGGGAUUGUGUCCUGUACUGCCAGGCUGGAUGUUUACACCCAGUGGCAUCAGCAGCCACAGACCACCAAGCCAAAAAAAGUACGGCCCUCAGCCAGUCGCUAUGCAGCACUUUCGGACCAGGGACUAGACAUCAAAGCAGCGUUCCAACCUGAAGCCAACCCAUCUCACCUGACACUGAAUACUGGCUUGGUAGAAAGUGAGGACCUGUGAUCCAGCAUUGUUGUUAAAGUUGAAACACCRAAACCGCCAUUGCCUUGACCAACAUAUUCCUCCACCACGUUAUGUAAAAGGCAGAAAUAUACCUUUGACUAUAAGAAAUAAAAAGAAAAACACCAAAAUAAUAUUUUUCUUACUUGACAUACCAAACUAGAGUUUAAGUAGGUGAUACAUAUAGAAAGACACACAUUGCACAAAAAAUUCACAUUUAUUAUUCAGUUUAAAACUUGGAAUUGCGUGAUUAAAGUGCUCUGAAAUGCCAAAAUGUUACAGGAAAUCAGUUGUUCAAAAAUAAACAUAAAUGGACAAGUGCCUUUAAACACAAACUAUAGGUGCUAUGUAGCACAAUAGCGCGAAAUGUUUAAUGUGAUACUACAAUGAUUCUAAAGUGCAGUGUAUUCAACAGCUACAGUGAACCAAGUGCAAUAUGUAAGGAUGAAAAGGAAGAGAAAAUGACAAAGAAAUCCAAGUAAAUGCCUUGUCUUUGCAAACUGUUUUAUAUUAAAUCAUAAGGAACUACUUGCCUUAAUUUUUAUUAAUACCAAGAGUUUUCUAACAAGGUUAAUAUCUUCGUUCUUAACCUUUUUUUUUCUUUUGUGUAGUAUUCUCUUUUCAUGCUACCUUGGUAAGAAGCAUAUUUACAAACCAUAUUAAAAGGCUAAUUUAAAUAUAAAUAAUAUAAAGUAUUGUGAGUAAAGCAGAUAUAUAUUAUAGUUCAUUCCACAAAAGGCAUCCAAAUCGCCCAAAUGACCAAGGUAUAUAGUAUAUUUGGAGGGAAAGAGGGUUUGGAAGGAGUAGGGAGGAGAAUGAAGGAAAAUGCUACCAGCACAAUUGUAUUGUAUUCAUUUAGAAAAAAGUAGAAGGGGCAGGAGAGGUGGCAAAGGCCAGGCUUUUCUUUGGUUUUCUUCAGAAUUAAUCGUAAGGUGCAGGUGAAAAAACACUGCCAUUCACAAGUCAAGAUGGAAGUUUGGAGCACAUGUGCUAUGGAGAUUUCAGUGUUAUCUGAAGUUUGUGUAGUAGUUGAAGAUUUUAGAUGUGUAGAGCAAGUUGAAUAUGGAUUGAGACCGCAAGAGUGGCAUAAAUGAGAAAUUGCCUGUAGAAUCUAGUGUACUUGAUGGAAAUGGAGAGUUAAGGAGAGUCAAAAACAAGUCUGUGCUUAAUGCAUUUUUUUCAUUGGCACUAGAUAUGGUGAAUGGAAGCUAUUUCACUCCCCUGCUGCAGCGAAACCUUGCCUGAAGAAGGUGCUGGGUUCUGAGUAGUUUGAAAGGCAUAUCUACAAAGACUGCUUUUUGAAUGCAUACGAUUCUGCAUCAGCUAGACUGAAUUGAUUCUGACCAGACUUGAUAGUUUUAAGUCGGAACCAAUAAAAUUUUUAAAUGAGAAAAAAUAAUUUGGCCUAAUAGUAUAAAACAUGAGGCUUUAAUGGUACUUUGCUAUGAAAAGAAAACACUGUAUUCCUUAUGCAGAACACAUAUAUCUUUCAUUAUUUAUAAUAAAAGUGUUGAACUUUCUUAGCUCAGUUACUCAAUUCAUACAUAGUAUUUUUUUAAAUAAUUUUAUAUCUGUAUACCACCCCAUAUAUUUCAUAUUACUGCUUCACAUGUACAGCUUUCUACUUUGUAAGAACACCAACCAACCAAGUUUUAAAUGAUUAAUAGGCUUGUGCACCAGGUGGCAGAUGUUCUAUACAGCAUGGUACAAGUUUCUUUUACCACACUUACAUGCAUUGCUAACAUGGAGUUUAAGAUACUAUACAGACAGUCUCCUGGACCUAUAUCUGUAUUGUAGAAUUAUGACUUAUGUCAUAUAUUGCCAAAUUGUUCUGAAUGUGACUUUUUUGCUAAUUUGCUGGGUUUGGGAUUAACUAGCAUUAUUUUGCCACCUUUUAUGUUGUAUUUAUAAAAAAAAAAGUACUAUCAUACUACUUUGGAUUGUUGUGCUGGUGUAAUGUGGAUUUAACAUCAAUAAAUAUUUAACAAAUAA